AAAUCGAAAGUAGGAAAGUUUGAGGAAAUAGAGACGUGUCCAACGACUGACCUUUUACUUUAUUUAACAAUACCGUUCGCUCAAAAUGUCGAAAUCGUCUGUAAUGAAAAUAAAACGCGUGAACGCAGUAAAGGUGGAGAACUUCCACCAGUCUCUGUAUCAACAGGCAGAUAAUCUGUUUUCCAACUACAUCCCAUUGAAGAUCUCUCAGCUGGACAACCUGCUGAAGGAGGAUGAUCUCAACCUCCCAGACCUGUCCACUCUCCAAGCCCCUCUGAACAUCCCCAUACCAGACCCUCCUACUGCGGAGGAUGAGGAAAUGGAGACUGACAAGAAUGAUGACGAGAAGAAGAAGAAGAAGAAAGCUCCAAGCUGUGGCCUUAUCAAAGGGAAUGAGAAGAUUGUGAAGCUGCUGGACAGAGUGAAACCAGAGAUCCUAUCAUUGAGAGAGACCAUCAUUACAGUGUCCUGCUGGAUUCAGCAUCUCAUCCCCAAAAUAGAGGAUGGGAACGACUUUGGCGUUGCAAUCCAGGAGAAAAUCUUGGAGAGAACAGCUGCAGUGAAGACAAAAGUGGACGGCUUCCACACCAACAUUAACAAGUACUUUUCAGAGAGGGGUGAUGCAGUGGCUAAAGCCUCCAAGUCAACUCAUGUGUCCUCUUCCUUCCUCAUCCUGAUGUCGUAACACAUCUCUCCUUGUCCUCUUCCUUCCUCAUCCCUGUUUCUCCUCCUUGUCCUCUUCCUUCCUCAUCCUGAUGUCGUAACACAUCUCUCCUUGUCCUCUUCCUUCCUCAUCCCUGUUUCUCCUCCUUGUCCUCUUCCUUCCUCAUCCCUGUUUCUCCUCCUCCUCCUUGUCCUCUUCCUUCCUCAUCCUGAUGUCGUAACACAUCUCUCCUUGUCCUCUUCCUUCCUCAUCCCUGUGUUUCUCCUCCUCCUCUUCCUUCCCCAUCCUGAUGUCGUAACACAUCUCUCCUUGUCCUCGUCCUACCUCAUCCCUGUUUCUCCUCCUUGUCCUCGUCCUUCCUCAUCCCUGUUUCUCCUCCUCCUCUUCCUUCCUCAUCCUGAUGUCGUAACACAUCUCUCCUUGUCCUCCCUCAUCCCUGUUUCUCCUCCUUGUCCUCUUUCUUCCUCAUCCCUGUGUUCCUCCUCCUCCUCGUCCUCUUCCUUCCCCAUCCUGAUGUCGUAACA